AUGCAGGCCUCUUUCGAUGCAGGGUGCCUGCUGAGCUUGGGAGUGCUCCUUCGCUUGGCCGUCGCAGCGAUGAACUAUGAGAUCUAUUGCAUGCUCGAUGAUCCUUGUACCAGCAGUGAGGUUCCGAGCAUCACGCAGAUCUCAGAUGCCACAGGUCGAUAUGGCGACCUUCGCUUCGGUCUCAGUGUGGCCUCGGUGGUUUUCAGCGACUUGUGCUGCUACCUAGUGCUGUCACAUGGCAUCAAGGAAUCCUCGCAUCUUGAGACCCUUCUGGUGACCAGCUGCUUCCUGGACCUUCUGCAAGCCGUCACCACCAGCUUCAAGUAUCAUUACCUGCCCAUCCAGCUUGGUGGCUUAGCAAUGUGCCUCACCCUCCUGCGUGCCUUGCAGCUCCUGGGCUCGGCCGCACGUGUCUCCACACUUUGGCGCGUGGCCGUGGGGCUCUUUGCCGCGCUGUGUGUGGAUCUCUGUGUCGUAGCUGCUCUCCACAACCACUGGGCACCUGUCAGCUUAAGUCAUUGGGCCUCCUGGACUGCCCUGGAGUACUUGGGCCUGGUGCUUUAUACCUCCGUGAUGGUGCUCAUCGCGUCGCUGUUGCCACCCGCAGUGGUGAAGUGCCACUGGUUCCCUCGACUGGUGCCAGUCGAGCAGAGGAAGUCCUUGCUCCCACAGCAUUUGAAGCGCGUCUCAACGCCCAAGGGGCAGCAGUGA